AAACAUGUCCCAGGACUUCCUGGUGUCAGGAAACCCUCUCAGACCUGAACCAUGUCGGACUGGAAGAAGACCUGCGAGGCGGAGUGGAGCCUGCACGGAGCCCCGAUGCCCGACAGCCGCGACUGGAGGGCCGUGUACGAGGCCCGGCCGCUGGGGAGGAACCUGCUGAGGAACCCGGCCCCGUAUGGACUGAGUAAAGACGUCCCCCCGCCUGAACCGGACCUGCCUGAGGAACCGGUGAGAGGACCUCCACAGACUCUGCCGGACGGUGACUUCAGCGGCUGGACUACCAGCGUGGAGGUGCUGCCGUACGACACCAGCGGCAUCCCGGAGGGGGUCAUGAUCUGCGCACUGCCUCAGUUAAGCUGGUUCACCAUGGAGCAGGUGGUGGAUCUGAAGGCGGAGGGCCUGUGGGACGAGCUGCUGGACGAGUACCAGCCUGAGAUCGCUGUUCAAGACUGGUACGAGGAGUCUCAGCUGCAUCAGUCCAUCUACCAGCUGCAUGUCAAGCUGCUGGCAGCAGACAAAAGCACGGUGAUUGCCCAGCACUCCGCCACCCCCACCGAGGAGCUGGGCCAGUACUCACACACCUGGAAGGAGGUGUCCCACGUGUUCUCGGGGUACGGACCCGGGGUCCGGUACGUCCACUUCCAGCACCGGCUGAAGAACAGCUUCCUCAACGGCUUCUACCUCACGCGGUUCACCGGCUCCUCGGUGACUGUGAGGGCAGUGAGAACCGGCUCGUAGACGGAGUCCUCCAGAAACGAUGCGCGACCCGACCUGAUGAACGCGUACAACCACCAGCCACAGCAUUAUGACCACCUGUCUGACCCUUUCUGACCUCGGAUCCGAACUGGAAGUUGCCAUUUUACCACAUGCAUCAAUCAUGCCGGUCUACCACGUCACCUGUUUUACUCUGGUCCUCCUCAGACUGACUCAGAUCCUUAGAUCUGUACAUUUUUGUACAGACAUUUGUACAUUUUUGUUGCUUCUGCACAUCAACGUUGAGGACAAAAUGUUCACUUCCUGCGUCCAUACUCUAACUGGUGCCAUAAUAAAGAGAUAAUGAGCAGUAUUUACUAUAUAGUAAAGUAAUCUAGUAUUUAUAUACAUCACAGUGGUCAUAAUGUUAUGGCUGAUCUGUUUUUGAAACCAAAAAUGAUUUAAUAAAGUUUUAUGGAAAUA